AUGAGCAUGCCUUCAUACGCGCAGAUUCCCCAGGACCUCCAUGAUCCUGACCUCGCGCCUUCCGACAACAACCCACCCCCUCAUGACUCCUCUCUCCGCAUCUACUGGCUCGCAGCUGUCGUCUGCUGCGGCGGGCUUCUCUUUGGCUAUGACUCCGGCGUCAUUGGAGGCGUUCUCACAUUCGACUCCUUCCUCCGCGACUUCCAAUACUCCGCACGCGAUCAAACUCAAGUCAGCGCCAUCGCCGUCGGCAUCCAGCAAGCCGGCGCCCUAGCAGGAUGCCUGCUCAUCUGGCCGCUCACAAACCGCCACGGCCGCCGGCGCGCAAUGAUGCUUUGCUCCGCCGUCUUCUGCAUCGGCGUCCUGUUCGAAAUCAUCAACUCCCACUCCCUACUCGUCUUCUAUAUCGGGCGUAUCAUCUGCGGACUCGGGGUUGGGGGCUCCGCUACAGUUAGCCCUAUAUACCUCGCUGAAAUGAGUCCUAGACACCUCCGUGCCCGUCUCGGAAGUGGAUACCAGUUUACUUUCACCAUCGGAAUCUUCGCCUCAUACUGGAUUGAUUUUGCGCUGCAGUUCCGCGCCCCCACCCCCGCGCAGUGGCAGAUCCCGCUCGCGCUGCAGCUCGUCCCCGGCGCACUUAUGGGACUGGGCAUGCUCUCCCUAACCGAUAGCGUGCGCUGGCUCCUCGCAAAUGGCCACACCAAUGCCGCAUGGACAAGCCUGCUCUGGGUCCGCGGCGCUGACAAUAAGAACAAGGCCGGCAGCGGCAGCAACAGCCCAUCAGCGGUAGCAGUAGAAUUCGCCGAAAUGAAACGCGCCGUCGACGACGACAACAGCGCAACGGCAGACUUCCACCCGCGCGAGCUUCUCCUCCGUCCAAACCUGCACCGCAUCGCCCUAGCCGUCUUCCUCUUCGUCGCGCAGCAGGCCACGGGCGCGACGGCACUCGCGUACUUCGGACCCCAGUUUUUCGGGCUCCUUGUUGGUGCCCCGGAUGCCUCGAGCACAGGCAUUGGCACAAGCGAGGAACAGUCAAAAGCAGAAGCAGCAACGCACUCCCUCACCCUCCUUCUGACGGGGAUCUUCGGCGCCCUCAAAGUCCUCAGCUGUCUAUUCUUCCUCGUCUUCGUGGCGGACCGGUUCGGCCGGAAACCCCUGCUGGGGCUCGGGGCGCUCGGGAUGGCGGGUUGCAUGAUUGCUACGUCUAUCUUGCUGAAAUCUCAAUCUAUAUCCCCUCCCGCACCAGCUGAAUCAUCAUCAACAACAACAGCAUCAAUAUCCCCCACAAGCAUAAUAACAAUCCUCCUCAUCUACACCGCUAUAACAAUCUACAAUCUCUCCUGGGGCCCGCUGCCCUGGCCGCUAACAGCCGAGUUCUUCCCAACGCGUCUCCGCUCCCCGGGCGUGUCUCUAGCGGUCGCAAGCCAGUGGGCGUCGAACUUUGUUUGGUCGUCCUCGACACCCUAUAUACUGAGGGAUUUGGGCUGGGCGACGUUUUUGCUUUUUGGAGUCCUGGAUUUGGGUAUUGCGGCGGUUAUUUGGGUUUAUUUGCCCGAGACGAGAGGGUUGAGUCUUGAGGAGGUACAGGGGGUUUUUGAUGGUGAUCGUGGCGUUGGUCAUGAUGGAUGUGACUAUGGGGAAGAGGAGACGGAGGGGCUUGUUAGGCAGACGAGCUUUGAGGGCGAGGAGGAUGAUGGUGAGGAGGGUAGGAAGAGUGAUGCUAGUAUGCAUGCCGCUGGACGGUCAUGA